ACGGCGAAAGAGGGUUGGAAUAGUUAUUCAAACGGGAAUAUUGAUAUAUCAAGCAUAAGCAGAUAGGGCAUAGGAGUAUUGUCUGUGGCUUGACUUCUAAUUACCUUUUAAUGCAAGAAACGCUGUGACACACAUUCCAGAAUUAAUAUAUGUUUUCAUUCUAAGUGUUCAUUUUCCCCCUCACCGGUAUUGCCAGUCGCGGACGCGCGGAGGUGAUUUGAUUCUUUUUUUUGCUAGCUCUGUCGGCUAGCCACUAAUCUGGAACUGGCGGGUUAGAGAAACAUAUCUCAGGUCAUUUCUUUGAAUGUGGAGGAAACCUCACCUGCAGGGAAGCAAUGGGCUUGACAGGGAAGCGGUCGGAGAAGCGCCCCGUGUGCUGGAGGAAGCGGGUGAAGUCGGAGUACAUGCGGCUGAGGCAGCUCAAGCGCUUCAGGAGGGCAGACGAAAUCAAGAGCAUGUUUAACUCCAACAGGCAGAAGAUUAUGGAGCGCACGGACAUCUUGAACCAGGAGUGGAAGACGCGGCGCAUCCAGCCCGUACACAUCAUGACCUCAGUCAGCUCCUUACGAGGGACGCGCGAGUGUACGGUGGACAGCGGCUUCUCAGAGUUCCAGCGGCAAGUCAUCCCCCUGAAGACCCUGAACGCCGUCGCCUCCGUCCCCGUCAUGUACUCCUGGUCCCCCCUGCAGCAGAACUUCAUGGUAGAGGAUGAGACAGUUCUGCAUAACAUCCCGUACAUGGGUGAUGAAAUCCUCGACCAAGAUGGCACUUUCAUUGAGGAGCUGAUCAAAAACUAUGAUGGCAAAGUUCAUGGGGACCGAGAGUGCGGCUUCAUAAACGACGAGAUCUUUGUGGAGCUGGUGGGCGCCCUGAACCAGUACAGUGACUACGAGGAUGACGAUGAUGAGGACGAGCAGGACUUCAAGCUGGACAAGGCUGACAACAUGGACGCCAAAUACGACCCUGAGGACUCUCGCAAGGACCAGCAGGGCAACUCUGAGGGUAGGACUAAUGACUGCUCCAAAAAGUUCCCCUCUGAUAAGAUUUUCGAGGCCAUUUCCUCCAUGUUCCCCGACAAAGGCACCCCUGAGGAGCUGAAGGAGAAGUAUAAGGAGCUGACUGAGCAGCAGCUGCCUGGGGCCCUGCCUCCCGAGUGCACGCCCAACAUCGACGGACCAAACGCCAAGUCGGUGCAGCGCGAGCAGAGCCUGCACUCCUUCCACACGCUCUUCUGCCGACGCUGCUUCAAAUACGACUGUUUCCUGCACCGUGAGUCCUUCCAUGCCACCCCAAACACGUAUAAACGCAAGAACAUGGAGAACCUGGUGGACAGUAAACCCUGCGGAGGAGACUGCUACAUGUACCUGCUGCAGGAUGGGGUGGUGCGCGAGUACUCAGGUGGUGGCAGUGGUGGUGGUGGUGGUGGCAGUAAUGGUGGCGGCGGCAGCGGCAGUGGCGAUGUGGUUCCAGAGCGGGCCAAGACGCCCUCCAAGCGGCCUCCGGGGCGUCGUCGAGGGCGACAGCCAAACAGCAGCAGCCGGCCGAGCACGCCCACUGUGAGCCAGGACGCCAAGGACACGGACAGCGACCGCGAGGGAGGAGCCGACGGGACCGACUCCAAUGACAAGGACGAUGAUGACAAGAAGGACGAGACCACCAGCUCCUCAGAGGCGAACUCCCGUUGCCAGACGCCUGUGAAGCUGAAGCUGAGUGUUGAGGGUGAGGAUGUGGAGUGGAGCGGGGCUGAGGCCUCCCUCUUCAGGGUGCUCAUCGGCACCUACUACGACAACUACUGUGCCAUCGCACGCCUCAUCACCACCAAGACCUGCAGACAGGUAUAUGAGUUCCGUGUGAAGGAGUCGAGCAUCAUCCCUGCACCUGCUGAGGACGAAGACACACCCCCUAGGAAGAAGAAGAGGAAACACAGGUUGUGGGCCACACAUUGUCGAAAAAUUCAGCUGAAAAAAGCAGAUGGCUCAUCCAAUCACGUGUACAACUACCAGCCAUGUGACCACCCGCGGCAGCCCUGUGACAGCUCCUGCCCCUGCGUCACCGCGCAGAACUUCUGCGAGAAAUUCUGCCAGUGCAGCUCUGAGUGUCAGAACCGCUUCCCUGGGUGUCGCUGCAAGGCCCAGUGCAACACCAAGCAGUGUCCAUGCUACCUGGCGGUGCGCGAGUGCGACCCCGACCUCUGCCUGACCUGCGGAGCGGCGGACCACUGGGACAGCAAGAACGUCUCCUGCAAGAACUGCAGCAUCCAGAGGGGAGCCAAGAAGCACCUGCUGUUGGCCCCGUCUGACGUGGCUGGCUGGGGCAUCUUCAUCAAGGAGCCCGUGCAGAAGAAUGAGUUCAUCUCUGAGUACUGUGGAGAGAUCAUCUCCCAGGAUGAGGCUGAUCGCAGAGGCAAAGUCUACGACAAGUACAUGUGCAGCUUCCUCUUCAACCUGAACAAUGAUUUUGUUGUUGACGCCACCAGGAAAGGCAACAAGAUCAGAUUUGCGAAUCAUUCAGUUAACCCCAAUUGCUAUGCAAAAGUGAUGAUGGUAAAUGGGGAUCACAGAAUUGGCAUAUUUGCCAAGAGAGCGAUACAAACUGGUGAAGAGCUUUUCUUUGACUACAGGUAUAGCCAAGCAGAUGCCCUGAAGUACGUGGGUAUCGAGCGAGAAAUGGAAAUCGCUUAAAGCCAUCUACCUACCUCUUGAACAAAAUCGCCUUAAGCCUAUCAGGAACCCUCACUCUCUCCCACAUUUCCAAGCCGUUUUCUGAGAUGCUGGUUACCAUUUUGUUUUUCUACAGUAACAGAACAGCGUGUUUGUCCGUCUGUCUAUUCACGAACCUUUAUACGGAAUUUUUGAAUUGCCCCUUUUCUUUCUUGUUGGGUUUUAGAUGUUUUUUUCCCCCCGGCCCUCUCUACGCUUUCUUCUUCCUCUGGUCAGACCUACUCUGGGAUCCAUGCAUAAGCAAACAGGAAAACAAACAUUAACAUGCACUCUGGUGUUUACAGCAAAAGGGUUCAAAUGAAAUCCUCCUCCUUUUGGAUUUUUUUUCCACCAAUGGGCCAUGUGAUAAAGUAUAUUUUAGUCUUUUUAGACAAACGACCAUUCUCAUCCUGCUACUAAUGGACUGGCUAUUCCUGUUUUUUGUAUAUUUAUAGUUUUCCCUUUUGGACCAAAAUCGACAGCAGCAGCAGCAGCUGAUGCUUCGGCUUCUCUCACACGUUCAAUUCACUGUGCACUUAACAGUAUGCCACCACCACGUCAGUUAAGAGGUUUUUUUUGUGCUUUUGUUUUUAUGUCUGUUAUAAAACAACCAAAGUCACACUUGUCGAAGCUCCUGCUGGCAGCAUGUUGCAGGAGCCCACACAGCACAGAGACGUGCAGUGCAGUGAUCUGCUGGGCCACUGAUCUAUUCCACAAGGUCGCUUGGAGGUGAUUUGAGGUCGAGAGGUGAGACACUCGUGUCAAACCUUUUGCAGUGCCUUCAGUUGCUCAUUUACAACACACUGUAGUUUGUAUCAGCAUUGAUCUCUUUAAAACCUCCAGACAUACUACACUUGAGUUUUUGUUAUGCACAUACUACAUACAAACAUGAGGGGAAAUGGAAAACAACGGUUUCACUUGGACAAGGAGUACAAGUUAUUCUUUGUCCCCUCCCAUCCUUUCCUGUGGAUUCUGUCCUCAGUGUCGCUAUACCUUUGUCUAUAAAAAGUUUCCUCACUGUCAAUCACCACAAUGACUUUUUGAAGGCUUCCUCCCAUUCAAAUUUCCUGUUGCAAAUGAGAAAAUGACCUUUUGAAUUGUGUUUUGCAAGAUAUUAAAUAAAAACUCAUCAAUGAU